CCUGGCACAGUGCACAGCUGUUGCUUGCCAUGCCGUAGCUUGUUAAAUGUUUACAACUAUUGUGUGAUUAGUGAAAUAAAUAAAGUGCAAUUACUUGUGAAAUAACAACACGCGGCAUAUUCGUUGCACACACAGCCGGAAAUGGUAAACGAGAAUCGGGAGCCCAGCAACAAGUUGUCCGGCUAUGAGUUCUAUCGUCGCGUGCUGGGCGCACCGCGUUAUGUGGUGGCCCCCAUGGUGGACCAGAGUGAGCUGGCCUGGCGCAUGCUGUGCCGGCGAUAUGGCGCCCAGCUCUGCUACUCGCCCAUGUACCAUGCGAAUCUGUUUGCCACCGAUCUGAAGUAUCGCAAGGAUGCGCUGCAAACGUGUCCAGAGGAUCGGCCAUUGAUCAUACAGUUUUGCGGCAAUGAUCCGCAACAGAUUCUGGAGGCAGCGCUCGCUGCACAGGAUCACUGCGAUGCCGUCGACAUUAAUCUGGGCUGUCCGCAGGCGAUUGCCAAGCGCGGCCAUUACGGCUCCUUCCUGCAGGACGAAUGGGAGCUGCUGACGCAGAUCGUGCGAACGCUGCACGAGAAGCUCUCCGUGCCGGUCACCUGUAAAAUACGCAUUUUCGAGGAUCGGCAAAAGACCAUUAACUAUGCUAAAAUGCUGGAGGAUGCCGGCUGCCAGCUGCUCACCGUCCACGGACGGACGCGAGAGCAGAAAGGACCGCUAACGGGCAUUGCCGAUUGGAGUUACAUCAAGGAUGUGCGCCAGCACAUCAAGAUACCCAUGUUUGCCAACGGCAAUAUAUUGCGACUGGACGAUGUGCAUCGCUGCCUGGAUGCCACGGGCGUUGAUGGCAUUAUGACCGCCGAGGGUAAUCUACAUAAUCCGGCCAUCUUUCGGGGCAUCGCGCCGCCUGUGUGGCAAAUGGCCAAUGAGUACUUGGAAUUCGUUGAUCUUUAUCCCUGUCCCACCUCCUAUAUACGCGGCCAUCUCUUCAAGCUGUUCCAUCACAUCAUGAAUAUACGCUCGAAUGCGCAGCUGCGGGAACAGCUGGCGACGGCCAAUCAACUGACCCAAUUCCACAGCGUUGUGGCCAAGGUGCAGGCGAAAUACGAGCCAUAUCACACGGCAGCCGCAGCCUACGAGCCGGAAGAGAUGGAGCUGAAUGUCAGCGCCGGAGCUGCAGAGGAGUUGCCCAUGCUGCAGCCGUGGCUGUGCCAGCCCUAUAUACGCGCGUCGCCCGAAUCGCAUCGCCAGAAGAUCGCCGAGAAGCAGCGCGAGGCCAUCGAUCCGAAUCGCGCCAAGCGCCAGUACUUUGACAAUGCCGGAAACGAGAUAUCCCGGAAACGGAUGAAAAAGCUGCGCCGUCGCCAGCGGAGGCCGAACAAGACGGAGGCACAGAUCCAGCUGCGUCACGAACGACAUCUCGAGUAUUGUGAGCAGUGCGCCAAUCCUCUGGGCUCCAAAUGCGAGUUCCGGCUGUGCCGCAUCUGCUGUCGGGACAAGUGCUAUGCCGAGGACUGCGACUGUCCCGGACAUGGCAUACUCAUCAAGUCGCGGCGGGCCAAGGCCAAGCAGUUCGAGGCCCAUUCCAGGCAAGAGAACAACAACGAUCCUCUUUCCCCUGUUCCAAUCGCAAUACCUGAAAGUGAAAAUGUUUCUUGAUACAUGGGAAUUGGGAUCUUAGCGAAUUUGUACCGUCUAAUUUAGGAAAUUGCUUGCAUUCUUGUUCCUAUUCCUUUCUGUGCAAAUAAAAAAACACAAAACCUUAUUAGUCCAUGCUGGACAAAUUAAUUAA